AUGACUUUAGCGUUGAAAUACGAGGAAGAAGACCAGUGUCACGAGCAGGCUGUCAACUUGGUUCGCAGAAGUCAGCCAGAAAGAGAUGGAACAAAAAUUGCUGAAUGUUACGCGUGCGGUAGGAAAGGACACCUGAAACCCGAUUGCCGUUUCAAGAACGCUACCUGUCGCAACUGUCGAAAGAAGGGCCACUUGCAGGUGGUUUGCAACGUGAAGACCAAGCAUUAUGUCAAAGAAGCAGCACCAUCCGACGUAGAAGAAGGCGAUGACGGGGAUACAAUCGAGUUGGAGCACAAUUUUUUGAGUAAGAACGAAUCGAUUUCUGUUUUGAAAAUUAUUGCACCAGACAUGGAAAGCGCUCCUUUCAGGGCAUUAGUGCGAAUAGGGGAAGAAGAGAUUGCCAUGGAAAUCGAUUCCGGCGCAACAAUUUCCGCAGUAUCAGAACGAUUUUGUAAGGAAAAAUUCAGUUCUUUGGAGGUGCGAGAAACAAAAUUGCGGUUAGUGGGAUACUCUGGUGAACACUUAAAAGUGCAGGGUUGUGUCGAACCGGUUGUGUCAUUCAAUGGAAUUACUAAACGUCUACAAUUCGCAGUAGUACAGAAAGGUGGUCCACCUCUACUAGGGCGGAACUUUUUAAGAGUGUUUGGGUUGCAUAUUGCUCCGCUUAAUUACGUAUCGGGUGAGAACACAGAAGAAAAAUUGAGCAAACUAUUGAAUCAGUAUGAAUGUCUGUUUUCGGAAAAGUUGGGGAAAUAUAACGGGAUGAAAGUGGAAAUGACAUUGGAGGAGGGAGCAAAGCCGAUAUUCUGCAAACCGAGACCGGUUCCGCUUAGUUUAGAAAAAUCAGUAGAACAUGAGUUGAAUGAAGCCGAAGAAAAGGGAGUUAUAACAAAAUGUGAUUCAUCUGAUUGGGGAACCCCAGUAGUUCCGGUGUUGAAACAUGACGGAGAAUCCAUAAGACUUUGCGGUGACUAUAAAGUAACGGUGAACAAGUUUGUUAAGGACGUUCGUCAUCCUCUCCCUCGUAUUGAGGAAGUGAUGGGAAAGUUGAAUGGCGGAAAAAAGUUUUCGAAGCUAGAUUUGAGUCGGGCCUAUAACCAGUUCGAAUUGUCAGAUGAAUCUAGAAAGAAAAAAGUUCAGUAUUCGAACAAGCGUUCUGGGAUAAAAGUACCAAAGAAGAUUCGGUCAGUGCCGGAAAAACCGUGGUCCAGGAUUCACCUGGAUUAUGCAGGACCAGUUAACGGAAUAUGGUACCUGAUAAUAAUUGACGCGCUAACCAAAUGGCCGGAAGUUUUCCCAACGGUAACAAUCACGGCAUCAUUCACCAUUGAGCGAUUGAUGGAAUGUUUAGCUCGUUUUGGGUUGGUGGAUACAAUCGUCACUGACAAUGGAACUCAGUUUACUGCCCAGACGUUCAAGUACUUUUUGGCGGCCAAUGUCUCUGCCAAGCCCAUGACUGAUUUGCAACCUCUUCAAAAGCGAUCGGUUCUGGCGUUCAACCAACCCGUUCUCCUGGGGCCAGUAUGGAGCAGAAUGAUUAAGAAUGAUACCGUGUAUCUUACUGUACUCUUCAAUUUCUUUGCCAAUGAAUUGCUUGGCGUUGUCAAGUGUAAUGGUUCUAGGAUACCCUAA